AUGUACCUCGUUCAAAGUGGUUGUGAUGUUGCUGCGGCCGCGUGCGAUGGUACAACUCCACUACAUGUUGCUGCUUCACUGGCGGAAUCGGCGAAACCUAUAGAAUACUUGAUAAAUUGUGAGGGCAUUGAUCUCAACGCCAGGAAUGCAGACGGAAUGACGCCUCUCCAUCUGGCCAGUGAAUGGACAAAAGUGUCUCGAGUGGAUACUCUUAUUCAAGGUUCGUGA